AUGGUCUCAAAGAACGCCAUUGGUGACAGGCGCCCCUGCGGUGAUUACAGAGCCCUGAACAGCGUUACUGUCUCGGACAGCUACCCUGUACCACAUUUUCAGGAUUUUGCCGGUGCCCUAUUCAGCAAAUCGAAGUUCUCGAAAAUUGACUUGGUCCGUGCUUUCUCCCAAAUCCCCAGCGCCCCAGAGGACACUUUGAAGACGACCGUCAUCACUUCCUUUGGCCUCUAUGAGUUCUUGAGCACGUCGUUUGGACUCCACAACGCCUCCCAGACCUUUAAAAGGCUCGUAUACAGAUGACCUCGCGGCCUACCAUUUGUCUAAGCCUAUAUUGACGACCUAUUGGCAGCUAUCCCUACCGCCAAAGAAUAUAAGGGGCAUCUUUUAACGGUGUUUGAGCGCUUUCAACAAUUUGGCGUUAUUCUCAACCUGUCCAACUGCGUCUUUGUUAUGCCCUCAUUAGAAUUUCUCGGACAUCUGGUUGACACCAACGGCAUCCAUCCUCAUCCAUCGAAGGUUGCCGCCAUCCGUGAUUUCCCUCCUGCCUCCACCAAACGUCAUCUGUAGCGAUUUCUGGGCAUAGUAAAUUUCUACCACCGGUCCCUCUCGCACUGUGCCGACACCAUCCUGCCACUCACGAGCCUCCUUUCAGGUCCCAAAGGUUCGUUUGAACUGUCUGCGGACGCCCUCACUGUUUUUGACAAAGCAGAGGCUGCCCUGGCCGACGCCACCCUCUUGACGCAUUUUUCUCCCGAUGCUCCCAUCUCCCUCAUGGGUAACGCCUCCAAUCUCGCAGCAGGCGCGGCUCUCCAAAAGCACCUUGUAGGUCACACUCAACCCUUAACUUUUUUCUCCAGGAAGUUGUCACCUGCCAAGACGCGCUACAGCACAUUUGGACGAAGUUUCCUGCUGCCUUCCUCGCCGUGAAACACUUCCGGUGCUUUCUUGAGGGCAGGGACUUCACUGUGUUCACGGAUCAAAAGCCCCUCCCCUUAGCCUUCAAAUCCACUUCUUACAAGCUCAAUCCCCUGAACUACAUGUCUUAG